CGGGUCCGCUGAGGGAGCUGGCGCUGCGCUGUUGGCGUAGCGCUGUUGUGAAUGGAGCGGGCGGCGGGGCGGGGAGGAUGAUGUCAGCCUGCGAAUGUCAACAAUGUAGCGAUUGAGGGGCGGCGGCGGGCGGCAGAGCCGGGCAGCAGCGGCCGCGGCAGCAGCAGCAGCGCCGCCUCCCCACCCCUCCUCCUCCGCCGGGCUGCCGCCGCCGCCGGCCCCGGUGCCGCUCCGGCAGCGACACAACCACCGCGGUGCCGCUCCCCCCCCCUCCCCCGACUCCCUCCCUCCCUCCCACCCUCCCUCCCUCUGCCGCGGCUUUCUCUCCUCCUCCGGCCCCCCUGCCAGCCCUCUCCCUCCUUCCCUUCCCCCUUUAUUUUUCUCCGCAAGACUUUGGCUCUGGAAGCAGCUGGUUCAAAGCAAUCGCCAUGUGAUGAGCGUCUGGGUCGGGAUUUUUUUCUCUUUAAUUUGGGGGGGGGGAGGGUGCAGGUUUCUGACCGCAGAGAAAUACUAAUAAGAAUUUCCGAAACAACAGCAGCAGCAACAACAAGAGCAACCCCCCCCCUCCCCAAACCUCCUCAGCCGUAACAGCCUUUUGCCCCACAAUCCGGGCCCGCUCCACCCCCGCCUCACGAUCCCCCCCCUUUUCCCCUUCCCAAGGCUGCAGCAAGAGGGGCGACCCCCGAAAGUUGCGCGGAGGCGAGAGCGAUGAGGCAAGAGAGAAGUUUUUAAAAACUGAAAAAUGUGAUUGCGUAAACAUCGUUGUUGGCAGGAGGACUCAGUGGAUUCAGGUUGCUAUCGACUUGAGUUGCCAGAGCAUUGCCCUACAAAGCUUUGGAGGGUCAGUUCUUAAUGGAUUGCUGCAGCCUCUUACUUUCUCCACUGAUCCUGUUCCCUGCAUCGUGAGAACACUUUAGCCAGCACAGAACCUAGAAAAGUUACAUAUAUAAUCAGUCUGGUCUGAAAAGUGCUGGUGUAGCUUCACACACAGCGUCUGCAUGUGCACACGUGGGGUGGGUGGUGAGCUGAAGUCCCUCUCUGGAUAGUUCUGACCAAGAGCCCCAUGCCAGAGACAUCCCCAUCCAGGGUGUGAACGGCAUGUCUGUGGAUGAGAAGACUGACUCCCCCAUGUAUGUGUAUGAGUCAACGGUGCACUGUACCAAUAUUCUCCUCUGCUUAAAUGACCAGCGGAAGCAGGACAUUCUCUGUGACGUGACGCUGAUCGUGGAGGGGAAGGAGUUCCGCGCCCACCGGGCUGUGCUGGCUGCCUGCAGCGAGUACUUCUUGCAGGCCUUGGUCGGGCAGACGGAAAAUGACCUGGUGGUCAGCCUGCCGGAAGAGGUCACUGUCAGGGGAUUUGGUCCAUUGUUACAGUUUGCUUACACUGCUAAGCUGUUACUCAGCAGAGAAAACAUCCAGGAGGUCAUCCACUGCGCUGAAUUCCUGCGCAUGCACAACCUGGAGGACUCCUGCUUCAGCUUCCUUCAGACGCAGCUGCUGAACAACGAAGAUGGCCUGUUCCUGUGCAAAAAAGAUACCACAUGCCAGCGCAUGCACGAUGAGGAGAACUCGGAUGGAGAUGAGGAGGAGACGAUGGAAUCGGAGACAUCAAAAAUAUCUUGCCCCAGAGAGAGGAUGCACCAAGAGCCCUUCAAUUUUGAAACCACUGUUGCUGGAGCAGACAAAGGCGAAGGGAUGCUACCUGACUCUGACAUGCUGAGGGACAGCAAGGACAAUUUGGAUAAAGAUGCAGUAACACGGUACCCCAGAUACAAGAAAUACCAGCUUGCUUGUACCAAGAAUGUCUACAACACAUCACACAUCAGUACCUCAGGUUUUGCAAGCACAUUCAGUGAAGAGAGCUCUGGAAAUGGCCUCAAAUCAGGACUUGCUAUGGGGCAGAUAAAAAGCGAGCCUCAGAAUGAAGAGAAUGAUGAAGAAAGCAUCACACUUUGCCUGUCUGGAGAUGAACCUGACAUCAGGGAUAAAGAAGGGGAUGUUGAAAUGGACAGGAAACAGCCAAGCCCCACUUGCGUUGACAGGCCGAAAAGUGGGUCCUCCUCUUCUUGCUUGCGGUCUUUCUUCAACAGAACAAAAAGCAUAGAUUUGGUUGGCUUCCCCAGCACUUCCCAACAGCACUUUGGCAGGAGUCCAGCAUGCCCUUUUGAAAAAGGGACAUCUCAGGGUGACCACAAAACUGAUUACAUCCCUUUCACAGGGAACUAUGGACAGUCCCAUGCCAUGCAGAAGGAUGCUUCCAACUUCACAGUGGGAUCGCCACUCAGGGGGCCCGGCUUUGAAACUCUCUGUAAGCAAGAAGGGGAACUGGACAGGAGAAGUGUUAUAUUCUCUUCAAAUGCUUGUGACCAAGUAAACACUUCGGUGCAUUCAUAUUCUGGUGUGAGCAGCUUGGACAAAGACCUCACUGAGACUGUGCCAAAGGGUCUGUGGGCUGGCAGUAGCCAGUCUCUCCCCAGCUCUCAGACCUAUUCGCACAGUGGACUGACAGCUGAUCACUUGCCGGGAAGGAUGCGGCCGAACACCAGCUGUCCGGUGCCAAUUAAAGUUUGCCCUCGCUCUCCUCCUUUGGAAACCAGAACCAGGACAUCCAGCUCAUGCUCUUCCUACUCAUAUGCAGAGGACGGCAGCGGCGGCUCCCCCUGCAGCCUGCGUCUUUGCGAGCUCUCCUCUUCCCCUUGCUCCCAAGGCCCCCGAUUCCUGGCACCUGAGCACCAGGAGCCCGGUGUGGUGGGGGACGGAUUGUACAACCCAGUCCGAGCCCAGAUUAAAUGUGAGCCAUCCUAUGGAACAAACUCCAGCGAUGAGUCUGGGUCAUUCUCAGAAGCAGACAGUGAAUCAUGUCCUGUGCAAGACAGAGGGCAUGAGGUGAAACUUCCUUUUCCUGUUGAUCAAAUCACAGAUCUUCCAAGGAAUGAUUUCCAGAUGAUGAUAAAGAUGCACAAGCUAACCUCAGAGCAGCUAGAGUUCAUCCACGAUGUCCGCCGGCGCAGCAAGAACCGAAUUGCAGCUCAGCGCUGCCGCAAGAGGAAACUGGACUGUAUUCAAAACCUAGAAUGUGAAAUCCGCAAGUUGGUGUGUGAGAAAGAGAAAUUGCUCUCAGAAAGGAACCAACUGAAAGCAAGCAUGGGAGAAUUGUUAGACAACUUCUCUUGUCUGUCCCAAGAAGUGUGCAGAGAUAUGCAGAGCCCAGAACAGAUCCAAGCUCUCCACCGAUACUGCCCCGUUCUCAGACCCAUGGAUCUACAGCCAGCGACCACCAUCAGCGCCUCCCCAGCUGGUGUGGAGCAGAGCCUGGUGACCUCCCAGUGCGUUGGGGAAAGCAUUCAGUGCUGCUCGGAGCAAGGCUCGGUGCAACUGGGAGCACCCUGGCUGCCCAACAACAUCUCGGAGAAUUGUUCUGCCAGCGGGGGGUUGGAUGGAGCCGACACAGGUACUUACCCCGAGAGAGAGCUUCCAGCAGAGCAGAGCAGCCAGACGGUCACGGUAGACUUCUGUCAGGAAAUGACUGAUAAAUGUACAACAGAUGAACAACCUAGGAAAGAUUACACCUAGUGACUUGUAACCUUAAUGUUACACCUGGUCAGGUGUUCUUCAGUCAGCCAGUGGCAGUGUUCAUUUGUUGUCUAGAAGAACGUAUUUGGUGCACACUACAGUGGUCUUAGCAGCAAUACUGUUUUUAAGUAUUCCCUCCUCUCUACAAGCAGGAGUUCUCUUCACAAUGGUGCUAUCCCUUGCUCAGGCAGGGAACAAAGCAGUGGCAACACUGUUUUUGUAUGUUGAUUUCAAUCUUAACAGGGAUGGACAUAACACCUCUGAGGACCCAACCGCAGCUUUUUUCUCAGUGGCCCAUGUCACAAAACCCUAACUCAGGAAUUUCCUCUGAAUGUUCAAUUUUUCAUUGAAGACAGCUUCUUUACACAUCAAAGUUUUAUAGCUAAACUGUACAUAUUAUAUAUAAUAUAUAUAUAAAAUAUAUAUAUCCAUAUGCAAAAGUCCCUGCAUGCCUCAAUUUUUCUCAUCCUACAAACUGGAAGCUUUCGUUUCUAUUGUAUAAACAAGUUCCAACAUUCCUUUUUGUCUUCAAUGCUAGAACUAGUUUGGUAACUUGUUACAUGAUAAUUUUUUCCUCGGUUCACAGUUCAGCAAUAUCAUUCGAUUUGUACUUAUUUAUAAAAUUUUAAUGUUGGAAACUUAUUUGAGAUUUUAUUAUAGACAGUUUUUUUGGCACAGCCAUUUUGUGCCACUUGAGCAAUGUGGAGUUAUUUUAUUUUCUUGCAGAUACUGUACAGUAAUGGUCAACUUUGCCACUUGCACUGAGUUUCUGGUCAAACCUCUUUUCAUAAAUGAAGUUGUGACUUCAGUAUAACUUGAGUAUAUGGUUUUCUUUGCUUUAUGGCUUAAAGAAAAUAGGAAAGUUUUAGCUAAUAGACAAACACUCAGGAGCUCAUUAUGUAGUCAAAACAGUCUUGCCAAAUACUGAAUUCACUAUACAAUUUGUAAAGAGAAUCUGCUUGAAUUAUUUUUAUAUUCAGACUUCUUUCUGUUUCACAAACCAAGUUUAAGUGCUGUUAAUGAUGCUUUUGGAAUCUUAUAGGGGAAGGUAUAUUUCACUCUUUAGAGAAAAAGGUAUUUGACAACUGGAUCAGUUCAUCAUACGUUCCACGAAGUAAAGCAAAAAGAGAUCACAUCAAUACACUUGGAGGGGGCUUUUUCUCCAGCCCCGCUCUACAUCCUUUACUCAUGGAAGCAACUGCUGCUCCGACUAGUCCCCAGAGCCUCACCUCAGCUGUCCUCAAAUGUUACCUGUUUUGCUCACCAGACCCAAGCUGCAGAGGUGGGUCUGGUGAAGUCAGUAAUCCUGCCUGGGUAGGCAUAGUUGCAGGACCAGACCCUUAGUUGUUGACUUUGGUUUCCUUUCAGAAGUCAAGUUAGCACUGUCUCCUCCAAGAACAAAACAUACAUCUGCCAACACCUGAUUUGGUCAUUUGCCCAUCAAACUCUUGUGUUCCAAGAUCCUCUCGUCCUGCAGCAUUUACCCUCAGCUCAAACCGCAGUUAAAAGAAUGCUGUCUUGAAGGAGACUACUCAGUGAAUUGGCUUAGUUGUAACUGUAUUGGAUUUGUAUCUUAAGCAAUGUUGACUCAUGUUAUGACUGUAUGAGACAGCAGCUUUCCAAGCAUAACAUCUGUAUGUACAGUGUAGACAGAGAAACAUCUUCCUAAUGCUUUUUAAAUAAUUAUUAUUCUAAGUGUACUGAGUUUUUAAUUUGUGAUUCUUUGCCUUACGUGUGCCAGGUUGCGUGGCUUUAUCGACAACAACUGUCAUGUGCUUUACUGGCUGAUAUUGUUUGUUCUCGCUGAAAAAAAAUGACCAGCUGUUCACACCUAUUAAAAACAGAACAAGUGUGGGGAAGCAGCUUCUCAGAAGCACUAAAGGAUAAUGUGGUCUUCUGUGCUAACGUUUACACUAGAGGUGUGCGCUGGUGGUUUUUUGCGGCACUGAGUAGAUCAGCAUCUUGACCUUGGAGGAGGAAUCAGCUCCCUCUCUCCACUUCUUCCAUCUUCAGACUGUGCUCAUGGACCGUCGCCCACUCGACACAAAGUCUUGCUUUUAUCCUCUUCACCCAAACUAUUGUAGCCAAGCUACUGAGGAGGAAGUGCAUAUAGCAUGUGCCAUGUUUGUUGAAAAUACAUUUUUUCCCCGCAUGUACAAAGGAAAACUAGUAUAUAAUGUAGGAAAAUAUUUAUGUUUAAGUAUUAAUCAUUACUGUACAAAAUCCUUACCUUUAAAUGUUCAAAAAUAUACAAAUGCCAUAAACUCCUAGUUCACACAGUUGAAAAAGGAGGAGGAGUCGUCCUUUCUUUUUAAAAGAGCUUAAUCUAAAAAUAUCUGAACCCUCUCCCAGCCAUCUUUUGCAGGUAACUGACUGAGAAGCUCCUUGGUGGUGCGGGAGGGAUUUGAUUUUUCCUUUGAAUUCGUUGACGUUGCAAAGCAGUUCUGUGCUUCGCAGAGAAGUUUUGUUUCUAUGAGACCAUGGUGAAAGCUAGAAUUUAAAACUAAAUGUGAAUCACAUUAUAGUCAUAGCUACUUGGGGGGGUGGUGGGGUGGGGGCGGGUGGGAGGGAAGGGUCAACUGACACAGUAUUUUAAAGAUGUUUUUUCUGUUGCCUUUUUUAUUUUUAAGUGACCUCCUAUAUAUAUGAAUAGAUAGAAUGUUUCAUGAGUAUAAAACCGAGUUUUAACUUGCUUCCUGACAUGAAGACUUACUCUACUAACAACUCAUGUGCAACUGGUACUCUUGACCUCAUUCCAACGGUUUAAAAAACCCACCCACACAACCCAUUGCGCUGCAGCUCUUAGGUUUGACCUGGCUUCAUACUGGUGCUGGGUCUCUUGAUUUCCUCUACCUUGGGAACUGAUAUUUAAAACCACUACUCAAAUAAGUGUCUCUUCCUCAACCUUUCUCUUGUCUCUCUCUCUUUCCCUCCCCCAUGAGCUUUUCUGGAUGUUUGAUUUCAUUCUUUCCCAUUAGAAGUGGCUGGUUUUGUGUCAUUGCUUCCUAUAUUUACAUGUAUCAUGGUUUUCAGUGGGUUUUUUUUGGUGGUGGUGGUGGUGGUGGUUGGUUUUUGUUUCUAUUUUUGUUUUGAGGUUGUUUUGCUAUUCUAAACCACACAGCUCUUUAAGCAGUUACUGGGCUAAUGUUAAAGGAAUACACUGGGAGAAUUAGUUUCAGACUUGGACGUCAGUUCACAUACCCAGCCCUUCUUUUCUCAUGGGGUCAAAACAAACUGACAGCAAGAAUACUAUUGGAAAGAAAACAAACCCAACUGACUGUAGUAUUUAUGGAUUUUAAAGACUUUGGCCAGUGGUCACCAUGAUCUUCAGUAAGAAUCUCUUUGCUUUCGUCAAACAGCAUCAGUCCUGUUGGGCAUUGCUUGGGAAUGGCAUGGCGAGACCCUAUCUUCCCAGCUGGGCACUGCACCAUUUUCAUGGCUGUAUGAGUCCUUGAAACUUUGUCCAGUCUGUAUCUAGUUCUCCUUUUCCUUUGCCAUUGCUAUACUUGUAUUGCCAGGAAACCUCAUUUCAUUUAGGCUUGUUAUGCUUUGUCAGGUGAGUACUACACUAUAUAAUGUGUUUGUUUCUCUGCGUUCUCUAGGGGUGCCUUGAACACAAUUAAAGCUCAUGCAAGCUGAUUCUGGAACAAAAAGGUAGUGGGGAAAAAAAGGAAAAAAUCUAAAAAAAAAAGAAAACAAGCAAAACAAAAGCAAAAAUGUUGGCUGUGUUAUCAGGAAAUCCCGGUAUUUAUAUCACAGACUUCCUAAUGUAAUGACUCAGGCGUCAGAGUUUGAUGCUGCAGUAUAAAACUAUUAUUUUAUAUAUUGUACAAGUAAUUUAUUAAAUGUCUUUCUAAGGGUAUAUGCUGCUUUUAAGAUGCACUAUAUUUUUGGAUCUAAUCCUUGUAUUAUGUUUUUUUUUCCCAAGGAAGUAAAAUGUGCUGCAAAGGCAAGCCACAGUGAUUAGUAUGCUAACUGCUACUUCUCUUUAAAAAGGAGUGGGAACUAGAUACAUAACUUUGCUAAAUGGAUUAACUGCUGCCAGAGAAAUAAUUAAUGCUGAUAGCGUGGUUGUUAAUCUGGAGUCCAACACUUUGUCAAGUCUGUAUUCUGAAGAGCGCUUAAAUAGAAGUUAAAAUGCCUAGAUAUAGAGUUAGAUUUUUUAACAUGUAACUUUAUGAUUACCUAAUAAAUAAAUCUGCAUGCUGGAAUCACUAUAAUCCUGUAGUAAAAUUGAACCUGAUCCACUAGGAGAAAGCACGGUGAAGCGUUGCAAUCCCAGAAUCAGCACCACAUCUUCACUUGCGUCUUGUAAUCCACCGCUGUGGUGUUGAAGAGAGAGAGAGUGGUGGGUUUGCAGAAUAGAGACUGUAGGGAAUUUUGCAGUGAGACAAAGUGAAUGUUUGCCAGGUUUUGAGAAACUCAUGUUUUGCUCCACUUCAUGUCCUCUACCAUUGCAACAAGGAGCACUGCUUCACCUUGUUUUUUCUGGUCUGAGACGCAUCUGGAGGUGCCUCCGGGUGAAUGUUGUAGCCCAUGGCUGCAGCAUUUUAAGUCUCUCUCUAUUUUAGGGCCACCUAGAGAAAGAAGGUUUAGCUCAAUAUGAGCAGUGGAGCUGAUGGCUUUGCAUAAGGAGGGGAUCUGCUAAGUAUGGAGCGGUUUAUUUUUAUCGGAAGUGAGGUGAAACUAAAACUAUUAACAUAAAGAGCUUAUGCUCUCUUUCCUGCUAGAAAAUUUCUCAACAGAUUUUGACUUCGUUACAGUUUUGUCUCUGCCAACACAGUCCAAGUUAAUUUUACAUCAUAUAUAUAAUAUGUUUAUGUAUGUAUACAUACAUCUAUAAUUCUAGUCAGAGUGUGUGUUUGUGUAUUUUCCUGUUUAGAAUACGUAUAUGUAUAUUUAUAAUACUCCCCAGAGUAUUUAAUGACUCAGGCAUCAGAUCUGAUGCUGUAGAAUACAAUAUAUGUGUAUAUGCAUAUGUUCAAAUACUGUGUGUAUAUUUAAAAGAUCUAUUGUUGGUGGUCUGUAGAAUAAUUAUUCCCUUUUUCUAAAAAUCUUAAUGGCAUUACUUGCAAAGUCUAAGUGUACAGUAUUUUCCUACACUCCACCAAGAUAAGUGUUAUUUAUAUCGAAGUCAAAUAUUGAUAUGCAUUUUGCGGUAUUAGGCAGAUAACGUUGCCAUUUUUGCAAAGAAGAUCGCUUUUUGGCAGGAAGGAGUGCUAAAAAUACCUUUUUAUAAGGUCAUUACCCCAACCAAACGACUGCUAAAAAGCCUGUUAGAUGACUCCUGUUCUUGUACAAAUUUUAGUGACUGUGGGCAGAGCCCUUUCCGUAGGCGAAAGUCACUGUGUGGUUCAUGCAGUUACACUGUUGUCCCUUUUGCCUAAUUAAGGGCAUGCAGAAAGAAACUAGCAUCCUAAAAUAGAAAUGGCAACUGGCAGUGUUUGAUUUCAUUGAUUGCUUAGAAGCAGAGAUGGGCCCAGGCUAUGAACCCAAGCAACCCCUCCAUUUGGAGGGAGCCGAGAGGGGACUGCAGUGUUCAGCUGGGCUUGUCCCUGCGACCAAAGGAGCCCACCCUCAGGAAUGUGGGCAGAGGAGGGAGCAGCUACCCCACACAAGGGGCUGGGGCUGGGAUCCCCAGCCCAGGCUGGCGUUACCCUGAUUUUGAGAUGUACCUGAGAGAAACGUGCAUGGUUUCAGUCCUGUUCUCACUACUGCCUUUGCUCUGCCUGAAGCUAUCUGGAUCCCUCAGACCGGCAGGAAUGAUACUAAACACUUUGGUGAUAUUCAAUGCAUGGUUUACUCAUAGUUCGAAGCAUCACCUUUGAUUUCAAGGGUGGGGAUGCCCUAAGAGUUUGUUCCAGAACCAGUUGGUUACAAGUGCACCUCUUAUAUAUGCCUUACAAACUUCAGAGGCCAUAUUCAAAACAGGGUUUUAUCAGUGUAUGCAAGGGGGUGCAACCCCUCUUCUCUUCCUCCCCAGGUCAAACAGUAUGGACAGUUUUCACACAUAUCUACCUGUAUAACCCUCUGUACCUCUCAUAACUGGUCAAUGACUGUAACAGGUUACAUCAGGUGUUUUUUCUACAUACUUUUUACACAAAUUCUAUGCGAUUAAUGUAACUUAAUUCAAUGCAUCAUUUUAUUGUACUAGUUCUUAAGCUUGUCUUUAUUUUUUUUCUAGGUGACUGUGGUUUCUUGUGAUUUUUAUUGUAUAAAUAAAUGAGGUGGCUGUUGAUGCUUACUCUCUGUUACUAAGAAUUUUUACCUUUUUCGAAGAAAGCAUUGCUAUGAACUAAUGAAUUUAAAAUGUCAUUUACUCAUUGUAAAUACAGUAUUGUGCAAAAAAAAAAAAAAAAAAAGAAAAAAAAACCAUCCGACCCUUUUCAUUCAUUUGAAUUGCUAGUGUUAACUGAAUUUUGUCUAGACACCAUUUCUGUUGAUGAAAUAAAGACAUAUCAUUAUGUAUUGUAAA